AGAAGCUUCGACUCCGCUGCAGCAACAGAAGAAGAAGAAGAAGAAGAAGACGAAGACGACGAAGGUCCGUCUCCAUUUUUCAUCAGUUUGUUGAAGCCAUCGACGACCUAGGCGACAACUCUCCGCAGUAUCGAUACUGAGAACGAAGAACAAGCGAGAUUAAAGACAGACUGCAGGCAUGUGGGAUGGGCCAGGGCAAGGACCACGGGGAGGACCACCCUUUCGUGGUGAUCCUCGUGGAGAAAUGUUUGGGGGCAGAGAUCGUCCCAUGCCUGAUUACAGAGGCAGAGAUGGGAUGAACAUGGGUUCCAUGGGUCAUAUGGGCCCAAGACCUCUAGAUCUACCUCCUAUGGAUAUGAGGAGGAUGGAUGGGCCACCCAUGAGGGGGCGUGAUAUGGACCCACGUGAUAUGCGAGGUAGAGAGCCAACCAGAGAUUUCUUCAGACCUGGAGAAGAGCCAGACUUCAACCUUAGAAGGCAGUAUGAAAUUUCCAUCAGAGACAAACUGAUGAAUUCCUCUGGUUUUCCGGGACAAGGCAGGAACUCAGUAGAAAUGGGAGGGAGGGGUAUGCCACCACGGGAACCAAACAGCAAGUUUAUGGACAUGGGGGACAGAGAGUCAUUUCAUUACAACGUGCCUCGGUUUAACAAUCCUAACAUGGAUGGAAGAAGAGGGUUUCCUGCGGACCGAAUGGAGCGAAAUGAUGGAUUUAGGGACAUGCGAGACCGGCCCCCGAUGGGCAUGGGCGACAGCAAUCGCUAUGAUAUGGACUUACCUCCGCGUGACAGGAGAAUGAUGGACACUGACAGAAGGGGAGGGCCACCUUUCAAUCCAAGAGGUAGAUUUGAUUCCGAUAUGGAUUUCAGGAAUCGCCCUGGACCAUCAUCUGACUUUAGAGGUAGAGACCGAUCACCCUUAAGAUUUGGAAACAGUGAUGUCCCUCCAGUGGACAGGGCGAGGUCAGACAUACCUCCAGAUGUCGGUGGCCCUCAAAGAUCAGAGUUUAUGGGUGCAGAAAACACACUCAGAGAGAGAGAUUAUCCAGGUUCAAGUGGCAGUCCCCUAAUGGACUAUCGGAGUGGUGAAGAGAUGACUCUUGCAGAAGAAUGGAAGAACCGUCGAAAGGACAAAAACCCUUUCUUAAACAUGGGGAAAGGAAUGGGAGGUGUUCCUGAACCUGGCUUCCCUGUAGGUUUUGGCCGAGAUGUGAAUGUUAGAGAUACGCCACCGUUUCAGGAAAGGGAUCGGCCACCAGUUGAAUUCCCAAGGAAAGAUGUUGGCUUUCCUCAUGGUGACCGCUUUCCCACUAUUGACCUACCCCCAAUUGGCAGCAAAGGUCCACAGGACCAUCCACCUCCAGAAAUAAAUCCCCUUACUGGUCCUCUCGGUAGAGAGAAUGAGACUAAACACUGGCUUGGAGAAAGGGACCCGAAGCAUAGUCAGAAUAAGCCGCAUUGUGACGAAAGGCCCCCCUACCAUCAAGAGAAGAACCAGCCUGCACAUGAGCCAAAUGAUUGUUUUAAAGGGAUGAAAGAUAUCCCGCACAGUCAGGGACCUGCCAGGGGUAAGAUGGGGGUGGAACGUGAUUUCCAAAGCAGCAGCACUGUACAGGCGAAAGACCAAGACUACAGGGACAUUGAUUACAGAACAGGGUCUGGGAGGGCUUUUGAUUACAAACACGAGGAACUACGGGCACCAGAGAAACUCAUCAAAGACUCCAAACCAAUCACACCUUCAAAGUUUAGUGAGUCUGGUUCUCAGGAUCAAGACUACAGGAGUGCAUCAGUGGAGGAUAAAGUUUCCAAUACAGUAUCCAUAAUUGGUAUUCCAAAGACUGCCACAAUGGAGCAGAUUCUUGGUGCCUUUGCAGUCCGUGAUGGUGUGCCAGUGCAGGGGAUGAAAAUCAAAAAUGUUGUGCCAGGUUACAGCUACGAUACGGCCUAUGUGGAGUUUUUAAACCUCGAGGAUGCAGUCUACUUCAUGGAGUCCAACAAGGGAUCCCUAAAGGUUGGCACUAGAACAGCUACCAUGAAAUUCAUCCAGCCAGAGGACUGUGAAAGAGGUGUUCAUGAAUCAGAUCACAAAGUACCUCAACUCCAGGAUCCCCAGUUGCCCAGACCAGAUGGACCUUCAGAAGAGUUGAAGACAAACCAGAAUGGAUCCAAACCAAAGGGUCCUCUGGAGCCAAUGUCCCACAGCCUGUUGCAGCGUAGCUCUGACCUGACUCCAGAGGCAUGGCAGCAGCAGGUGGACCAACAGCUCCAACAGCAAGAGGCUGAGCAGCAGGCGGAGUCUUGGGGCAACCGCAACCCUCCUCAUCACAGCUCACACCAAUCUGACUCAGUCUUUAAAGACAGUAAAACCAUGAUUAUAAAGAAUGUGAAGCCCACCACCACAGUAGAGACUAUCCUGAAAGCCCUGGAUCCCUUUGCAUAUCUGGAUGAGAGAAAUGUCCGGCUGGUCAAGGCCAAGCCACCCGGAGCAAAAUGCUUCUGCUUUGUUGACAUGGACUCCCAUGAGCAAGUGACACGUCUGGUUGAGCUCCUCACUAAACCCAGACCCCUUUAUAUUGAUGGAGUCAGAGUUUAUGCUGAGGUUGCAAAACCCCUGAAGAACCAAAAUUUCAGAAGAGAUUUUGAUAAACCAAACAGUUCUAUCCUUGGGUAUCCACCUGAGGCCAGUAUGAUGGUGCAACCGCAGUACCCACAACCUCCGCAGUACUUGCAGCCUCUGCAGCCACCUGCUGUUGCUCCUGCUGGAAUGCCAGGUGAUUUGUUGACUGGCUCUAAUCCCUCUUUGUCAUCAGACCCCACCAUUAGCCAGGGAGUUGGCUACUGUGAGACUCCAACUGUGGAUCCUUCAUUCCACGCUGGUGGACCUCAUGUGCCCGCAGAAUCAGCUGGGAUGACCGCCGCCGUAGACGCAUCACAGGCCUAUAUCUAUGGCUCUGAGACUCCAGACAUGACCAACUACUUGUAUGAUGCCACGUCAGGCUUCUACUACGAUCCUGAGACAACACUGUACUACGACCCUAACUCUAGGUAUUUCUACAAUGCUCAAACCCAGGAGUACAUGUACUGGGACACAGUGUCAAAGACCUACAUCCCAGUUCCAGGAGGGAACUCUGCAGAGACCCAGCCUAUGGCCAUGACGGCUGAAGACCAGGCCAUUCUUUCUAACCCAGCAGCAGAUGCUCCCCUGGAGAUGAAGAAACCAUCACUGCCUCCCCACCCUGCAGCAGUUGCGGCCGGGGCUCACAUGUCUGCUGCAGAGCCUACUUCCACCACAACUCCGGAGAAGAAAGAAGAUGACGACUCCACUAAAAAGGACAAAGAGAAGGAUAUCAAAGAGGAGAAGCCGAGAAGUCUUGCUGCCGUCAAGAUCAUGAAAGAUAUGGAGCGCUGGGCAAAGAUCCAGAAUCGUCAAAAGGAAAGUGUCCGUGCCCCGUCACCGGUGCUGAAGAGUGGAAUGGACGAUGAUAAGAGGCAGUCUAAGUCGGCUGACGCUGGUUUCGCUAUCUUUGAGAGGAAGAUCUCAGGUGGAGAUGAUCUUUUUAAGAAGCCCCUCGCUCCCCCAAAGAAAGAUGAGAAGUCAAAGCGUCCAAUGGGCUCCCUGGGUCUGCUGGCAUCAGACUAUGCAGCUGGAAGUGAUGAGGAGGUGGAGGAGGAUAAGGAGGAGGCAGCUAAAAGCAGUCAAGGCAGCCACUCUGAAGACAAGGACGACAAACUGACAGACUGGAAGAAAAUGGCCUGUCUGCUGUGUAGGAGACAGUUCCCCAACAAGGACGCUCUGAUACGCCACCAGCAGCUUUCCGACCUGCAUAAACAAAAUAUGGAGAUCCACCUCAAGAUCAAGAGGUCAAAGAAGGAGUUAGAGGCACUAGAGAACCAGGAAAAAGAACUCAAUGCUAGAGAAGCUUCCAGAUCACCAGAACAGAAAAGAAGAAAACACCAUCACCAACAGCCGCAGCACCACAAUUCCUGGGCUGGAAGUUCCAGGGAGAUGAAUAAAGUCAGUGAGAGGCCUGGUUUAGGGGCUGAACCUGUCCCGCAGAGGAAAAAGAAAGAGCCUGUGGUUUGGGACCAUGCCACCUACAAACAAGCAGUACGCAAGGCCAUGUUCGCACGGUUCAAGGAACUAGAGUGAUCUCAUCUGAACACAUCCUCACUUUGAUAUGUGAAGUGUUUAAAGACAUGCUUGUCCACCUUGGCAUGAGAAAUCCCUUUGACUGUCGUUACUGUUUCUCUGCCUUGGACAUUAUGAACACUGCAGAGCCACAGUUGUCUACACUGAGAUGACGUGACUAAUUAUGUGCCCCAACACCACGUUACAUGGGUACAGUGGAGCUUAAAAAAAGAUCCAAAACAAGAACUAUUUGACAUCCUUAGAGAUGGCUGUACAGAAAUUGUUAAUUCAUGCUGUUAAUUUGAGUAUUUUCAUUUUAUGUGGCCUGUAUGUGGAAUUGUAAAAUGUGUCCAGACUGUCUUUUUUUUUUUUUUUUUUUUAAAUGAAGGUAUCACACUGGCCACAGUCACAUUUUGUUUUAAAACGGAACGAUUUUUACAUUUUCAUUUCCAUGGGUUGGAAUUGCUCUUAUAUGUGCAUAUUUUUUAAGUAAAAACUAAAUAUUAUGGAUAACCA